UGAUUUCCCCACACCACUCCUCUAUAUAAACACACGCAUCGCACUUCACUCCACUCCACUCCCGAGCCAACCAAGAAAAAGCAGCAGCACACCUUCCUCCUCCUCUUUCUGUCUCCUCCAUGGCUAAUCUUUCCUGCAUCGGCUUCCUAUCCUUCUUCACCUUCGUCCCUCUUCUGAUGGUCGCCGUGGAGUCGGGUCUGGAGUUCCAUGUGGGUGGAUCCAGGGGUUGGAUCGUCCCCGCCGGAGAUGAGGCCGAGUCCUAUAACCGGUGGGCCAUGAAGAACCGCUUCCACGUCGGAGACUCCGUGUAUUUCAAGUACAAGAACGACUCGGUGCUGGUUGUGGACCGGGAAGCCUACGGCGAAUGCAACACCACCGACCCUCUUCUCGAGUUCGACGACGGCAACACCACCUUCCGCUUCGACCGCUACGGCUUCUUCUUCUUCAUCAGCGGCACGCCGGGGCACUGCGAGGCCGGCCAGCGGCUCAUCGUGCGUGUGAUGGUGCACCCGGAGUUCGCCGCGGCCAGCCCGGGGCCCGCCCCGGGGCUGCAGCCGGGUGGAGGAUCCGGUUCGAGCUCGGGUUCGGGUUCGGAUUUCGGCUCGAGCUCAGGCUCCGACACCGGGCCUAAACGUUCCGACGCUGCUCACGCUCAUGCCGGUGUCUGGGCGAUCAUGCCCGGCUUGGGAGUUCUGAUGAGUGCGGUCUUGUCCGUUUGACGUCUUCUCUUUCGUUUGUGCGCAGGUUUUGAACUCUUCCUCUUUGGAUUCAUGGUAUGGAAAAUAGUUGGCCUUCUAUUUAUGUUGCUUGGAUGUGACUUACUUAGGUCAUGUAAUCAAAGCAUUGAGGAUAAUGCCAAUUACACAUUCUACCAACAGUAACUAAGGCACAGUGUUUGAUCAGCUCCCAACAAUUUUAAAUGCUAACAUGAAA